CGUCCGGCCGGCGGGUGGGCCAAGCGGCGCCCAGGACUGCUGGGACCCUGGCUGGGGGUCGGAGGCCAGAAGCAACGAUUGCCAACCUACCUGUGGGCAGGAUGAAGCUGGGCCCGGGCGUCUGGGUGGUGGUGUGGCUGAGCCUGGGGGGUGGCUCGGCUCAGGGCGACCCCAGCCCCAAAGCUGAUGAGUCCUACUCGGACUGGGGCCUCCGGCACCUCCGCGGCAGCUUUGAGUCGGUCAACAGUUACUUCGAUUCCUUCCUGGAGCUGCUGGGGGGCAAGGACGGAGUCUGUCAGUACCGGUGCCGAUAUGGAAAAGCACCGAUGCCCAGACCUGGCUACAAACCUCAGGAGCCCAACGGCUGCAGCUCCUAUUUCCUGGGUCUCAAGGUUCCAGGAAGUAUGGACUUGGGUAUCCCAGCAAUGACCAAGUGCUGUAACCAGCUGGAUGUCUGCUAUGACACUUGUGGGGCCAACAAAUACCGCUGCGAUGCAAAAUUCCGAUGGUGUCUCCACUCCAUCUGCUCUGACCUGAAGCGGAGCCUCGGCUUCGUCUCCAACGUGGAAGCAGCCUGUGAUUCUCUGGCUGACACUGUGUUCAAUACUGUAUGGACCUUGGGCUGCCGGCCCUUCAUGAACAGUCAACGGGCAGCCUGCAUUUGUGCAGAAGAGGAAAAAGAAGAGUUAUGAGGCCCACGUGGCUCUUCCUGGCUUGAAUGAUCCACUGCUGUGGUCUCAGUGGCAUAGCACGGCAUAUGUGUGUCAUCCUUCCUUCCAACAGUUUGGACCCUACAAAGCAAGAGAAAGGAAACAAGUUCUAUCCUUGGAGAGAAGUUGAGCAAAGAUGGAAGGUUGUUCUUCAUUUCAACACUGGACUUCUGACCAAGACACUUUUGCCUGGCAAUCCUAUUUUCAGCUUAAAGACUAAUGACAGCAAACCCUAUGAUUCCAGGAAUGGGUUAUUAUACUCAUAAGCAAAAUUUGGGGGAGUCCAAUCGUUUGGAAGACAAUGACUUUCCUCUAGACCAUGUUUCAGUUGCCAGUAAUCACCUCACAUUUAAUAAAGCGUAC